GGCGGCCGGGCCGCCAGGCAGCCGGUCAGCCAUGUGGGUGUUCGGCUACGGCUCCCUCAUCUGGAAGGUGGAUUUCCCCUACGAGGAGAAGCUGGUAGGGCGCAUCCGGGGCUACAGCCGCCGCUUCUGGCAGGGCAGCACCGACCACCGCGGCGUGCCGGGCAAGCCUGGAAGAGUUGUGACGCUGGUUGAAGAUGCUGAGGGCUGCGUAUGGGGUGUUGCUUACAGAUUGCCAGCUGGACAAGAAUGUGAAGUAAAGGCAUACCUGGACUUCAGAGAGAAAGGAGGCUACAGGACUACAACUGUUGUUUUCUACCCAAAAGACUCGUCAGUAAAACCAUUUGAUGUGUUGUUAUACAUUGGAACUCAUGACAACCCUAACUACCUUGGUCCAGCACCUCUAGAAGAAAUUGCUGAACAGAUUUUUAACUCAGUUGGUCCUAGUGGAAGAAACACAGAAUACCUGUUUGAACUUGCUAAUUCUAUCAGAAAUCUUGUACCAGAAGAUGUAGAUGAGCAUCUCUUCUCCUUAGAGAAACUAGUAAAGGAACUCUUGGAAAAGCAUCAAAACCUAAAUUGUCUAUAAAAUAGCUUCUUAUUUUAUGGUCUUGCUUCAGAGGAAUGGUUUCAUUGCACAAUAGAUGCAGGAAACAUGACUUGGAGGCAUGGUUCUCUGUACUAUACUAUCUUAUUUAUUUUAAUAUUGCAUUCAGAAUAGUAGUUGGCCAUUAAAACAUACUGUUGCAAAAAUCAUUCUUUCAGGAGUCUACAGAAAAGAGAGCAGAGGAAGUGUUUUAGGUUUGGUGUAUUGGGUUUUUAUCCAAAGGCUACACCUUUAUGAAAAUUGCAAGAGAACCACUUAAACUCCUCUUUGUUUGAAGAUUAUUUUUUUUAUUAUUGUUUCAGGUGUAAAAUA